GUCGAUGACGAUGGGCAUGAGAAGGUAGUGGGAGAACCCAGAAUAUCUGCCCGCCUUGGGAACCGCCUUUCUUCGUAUAAGACCCGCAAAAUUCCAAAAUUUCUCCGUUUCCUACGAAAAAUCUCCAACCUUUACUUUUCUUCCCUGUGAUCGAAUCUUGGGUUCCCUGACGGAGAUGGCAGCGACGGUGGCGAUUUCAGGCAUCUCCCCACGGCCUUUGAUUGCUCUUCGACGCUCUAGAGCCGCCGUUUCGUACAGUACUUCUCACCGAUUGCUUCUUCAUCGUCCUCUCUCUUCUCCUCGCCUGCUCUUCAGGAACAUUCAUCGAGUUCAAGCGACGAUUUUACAAGACGAUGAAGAGAAAGUUGUGGUGGAGGAAUCGUUUAAGGCCGAGACUUUUCCUGGUAAAGUACCACUUGAGGAGCCAAACAUGAGUUCUUCAACUAGUGCUCUGGAGGCUUGGAUCAUCAAGCUUGAGCAAGGAGUGAAUGUCUUCCUUACAGACUCGGUGAUUAAGAUACUUGACACAUUGUACCGUGAUCGAACCUAUCCUAGGUUCUUUGUUCUUGAAACAAUUGCUAGAGUGCCUUAUUUUGCCUUUAUGUCAGUGCUACAUAUGUAUGAGACCUUUGGUUGGUGGAGGAGAGCAGAUUAUUUGAAAGUACAUUUUGCUGAGAGCUGGAAUGAGAUGCACCACUUGCUCAUAAUGGAAGAAUUGGGUGGAAAUUCUUGGUGGUUUGAUCGUUUUCUAGCCCAGCACAUAGCAACCUUUUAUUACUUCAUGACGGUGUUCUUGUAUAUCAUAAGCCCGAGGAUGGCAUAUCACUUUUCGGAAUGUGUUGAGAGUCAUGCAUAUGAGACAUACGAUAAAUUUCUCAAGGCCAGUGGAGAGGAGUUGAAGAAUUCGCCUGCACCUGAUAUCGCAGUGAAAUACUAUACUGGAAGCGACUUGUACUUAUUUGAUGAGUUUCAAACAGCUAGAGCUCCCAAUACCCGAAGGCCAACAAUAGAAAAUUUAUACGAUGUGUUUGUGAACAUAAGAGAUGACGAAGCAGAACAUUGCAAGACAAUGAGGGCUUGUCAGACUCUAGGAAGCCUCCGUUCUCCACACUCCAUUCUAGAAGACGACGAUUGUAAUGAAGAAUCAGGCUGUGUUGUUCCUGAGGCUCAUUGUGAAGGUAUUGUAGACUGUAUCAAGAAAUCCAUUACGAAUUAAAUUAGAACGGAAAAAGGGAUUAAUUAUAUCAACUUAUCUUGAAGAAUAGAUAUAUCCAAUAUACUUAGGAAUAAAGGAAAGGUGCGAGAUUCUCAUAGUUAUGUAUGUGUGGGGGAGAGAAUCAAAUACACUUGAGAUGUAAAAUUAUUUUAUUCAACCUACUUGAUGUUCAUCAUUGUAGUCGUUUGAGACCAUUUUUGUAUGCAUGCUAGCCAUUGUUAUUGUAUUGCCGGUUUCAAUU